GGGAAGCGAUGAUUGAUCCUUCAUACCGUCGCGCUCUCGUGCUACACAAGAAAGACUUGUCCUGCAGGAAGUCUUGAUCCUCACAAUCUGGGAAUCCUUUUCGCUUCCUGCUAAAAAGAUGGGUAAUGAAGAUGAAGAAAUCUCUAGUGUUUCGGACGAGGAUGAAGACGCUGGAGGUGCUCGUAUUAUUGCUCAACUGGACAAACUUAACGUUUACUCCGAGGGAGACUUCUUCAAGGGACAUGACGACACCGCUCGCUCCUCAGACAUGUUUGGAACGCUGUUAAUCAACUUUCCCGUCAAACACGAGGGGGUCAGCUUCAGUGACACCGAGAAACGCGACGAGUACACCACGAAAUGGGGAAGUGGUACACAUCUCGAGUGGGUUGCCUUCUUUUCCGACUGUGAGCAUGAAGUUUUGCCGGUCACAAGCGGCAACCGAGUAACACUCACAUUUACGCUCUCGUUUGACAACGCCAACAACGGUGCUGAACCAUUCGGCGCCGAUAUCGUAGCUAAAUCUCUAGAUCUCAAGAUUGAACUGCUACAUCGUGCACUCACUGCUCGCGGCAUAUUCACCAAAGGUCACCCUCGUCUGUGUUUCGAUUUGGAACACAGAUAUAUGAGGGUUUCAAACCAAUGCUGGGUGACGCUCGGAAAAUAAUGUGCGCAGUGGUCAAGGGGUGUGUUGGGUAGCCUGGUUCACGGCAGUAACAGUAAACG